AUCAUUUUCCCAGACGAACGUGCAGUUUGAUCUGGAGACGCGAAUCGUCAACAUUCGAUAAUACAAUACGGUGUUUCCGCACUUGUUGUCGCCGUCGUCGUUGUUGAAGAAAAGUUUUUAAACUGUGCUGAAAGUUAGAGUUUGAUGAGGAAAAGGUGACUAUUUAUCGGGAGCUUAUUAGUGUGCUAAACUUUAGUGUACCUCCUUUCAUGUUUACUAGUUUUAUGAACGUAGUGUAGUAGAAGUGAUAAAAGGGACGACAAUGACUAAGCUUCGCAUGGUACCGGUGCUGGCAUUGCUGGUAUGUUCUAGCAGUCAUUUGUUGGCGUUCGAUUUUGCUGAUUUCACCAAAACGACGAGUGAUAUUGCGAAAGUUGCCGGCAGAACGGUCAAAGGUGUUGCCGAAAAGGUUCCGGAGAUUUUCACGCCCGAACAGUUGCUGGAAUUUGGAAAGCAAUCUAUCGCCGGUGUUCCACUGGAAGCAUUGGCCGCGGUGAUUAAUAACAUUUGUUCAAUUGCGGUGGCCACGAAUGCAACUGAAUCGGAUAAUUCGGUGAACAUUUCAGCGUUGAACUAUGUCCUGAUGACGGACUCGGAAAACGUCACCGUACCACUUUUAGAGUCUGACGCCCUGUGGAGCUAUCCACUGUUUAACGAAUCAGACGACACGGUGAUCUUAGUAACGGGGUGGACCUCAAAUAUCAACGGAUCCAAUAGGGCCAUUGAUACGUUAUUUAAUGCCUAUCAAGCGCGUGGAGGAUACAACUUCGUAGUCAUAGAUACGUCGGACUUCGUGGAUACCUUGUACACUUGGUCUGCAUUCAAUACCAACGAGUUAGGUGAGGCUUUGGCCGUAGGAUUGAAACAGUUGAUCAACUUUGUCUCGGUGGAGAAAAUACACCUGAUUGGGCACAGUCUCGGGGCACAUAUCGUGGGCAGAGCCGGUAGGCAUUUCCAGACGUUGACAAACUCAUCUAUACCGCGAAUCACUGGACUGGAUCCGGCAAAUCCGUGUUUCAACGAAGGCGAAGCCCUGAGUGGAAUUUGCCGCGGAGAUGCCGAUUUUGUUGACAUUAUUCAUAGCAACGCCAAGGUUCUUGGCAAACGCGACCCCAUCGGCGAUGUAGAUUUUUAUCCAAAUGGGGUGGUUUCGGUGCAACCGGGAUGUCUCGAUCCGUCCUGUUCUCAUGCUCGGGCUUGGGAACUGUACGCGGAAACCGUUCACCCAGGAAACGAGAAUAACAUGCUGGCAGUCAAAUGCAAUUCGAUCUUAUCACUCGACACUGGAGCUUGUCCUGGCAACUCUAUUCCAAUGGGCUUUGCGUGCCCACGAACAGCCAAAGGAAACUAUUUUUUGAAAACGAAUUCAAAAUUUCCAUUCGGGAUAAAAUUGUAAAUGUUGUAUAAAUACAUACUGCAAAAUAUAAAUUUGUUUAAAUAUGUUUGAAA